AUGACGGAGGAAGAGAUCGAAAGAGAGAGGAUGACCACUUGGGCUGAGAGGAUGCAUCGACGGGCUGCAUCUAUUGGGACUGUGGUCACCUCAUGUGGACAUACUAGUGCUCCUUACCCUCGGCGCAUUGAAAAGUUUGUACCAAAUUUGGUGAAGUUUGGUGUUCCUCUUGAAGAUGUCUGUCGCAAUGACAUUCCAGGACCUUUGCUUGUGAUGAUAUUGAGAGUGAACAAAGAGGGUCCAUAUAAGAAGGAUAUAUUUCGUGCCCCUGGCCAUCAAGGGAACAUGAAGAAACUUAUUCAUUUCUUGCAGAAUGGUCGACUUGUAAAUUUGGACAAUUAUUCCGUGUACACAAUAGCAUCUGUUUUGAAGAAGUUUCUCAGGAAGUUGCCUGAAGGGAUCUUUGGGCAUGAAAUGGAGCAGCGGCUUUUUGAAGUUAUUCAGUCUGGGACCCUUGAACAGCAGUGGGAAGAUAUCCAUAAGCUGAUAAUGGGGAUGCCGGUGGUGGCUCAGAGGCUCUUGGUUCUCCUCUUUGGUACCUUUCGAACCAUUGCCAUGCAGGCCGAAGACUCCCACUCAGGAAUGACUGCUGAGGCCCUUGGAGUCUCUGUUGCGCCCUCGUUCUUUCAGAGCUGUGUCAGUGGAGGAAAGCAUGCACGAAUGGAAGAUGUGGUGCGCUUCAAGGUGGCCACAAGAGUCAUGAAACUGAUGAUUGAUAGCUUUGGUGUGAGCAACCUCUUUGGUCGAGAAAAUUAUGAAUACUAUGCCCGCAUCACAGGGCGCAUCUUGAAAGUGGAAGAGGAAUGGAUCUUCAGCUUCCGUUACCCUUCUGAUGCCAAAGUCACUCGGCAAGAGAUUUUGGCUGUUCAGAAAUCCUGGUUAAAACAUGAAUCUGAGCGCUGGGGACUGAACCUCAAUCUUGAAGCUAUGAGUGGACAGGAAGAAUGUCAGUCAACUCCUGCUCUGAUUCACCAGCCAGAUGAAGUGCCUUCUUUGGAUGAAUUCCCUGAGGCCCCAGGUCGACUGAGCAUCAGCCUUGGUGACAAUGGCAUCUAUCAGACUGUGGAUGAUAAAUUGCAGAAAAGCAAAAUGAAGAGCUCAAGCUCACCAAAGGCAAGCCAGUUGCAAGUGCAAGUCCAUCCUGCUGAGCAUCUGACAUUGGAUGAGCUUAGAGUUGCCAAUCGCUAUGCUGAAAGUACCCGUUCUCUUUCCUACCUUCCUCAGGUACAUGAACGGCAGACGGCACGAAUGCGAACCCGCUCUGAAUGGUUCCUUUCGCCACUGCCUCGCUCAAGCAUGAUGAGUGUGAUGGAGCAACUUGAAGAUGAUGUGGAAACCCCUUCUUGCUCCCAUCCUCGCUCACCUGGGGCCUUAUCAGAGAAUCUCGGAACCAGUGCCCGAGCCCAAUUAGAAGGAGGAGGUAAGAUAGUUCGUCGAAGUUCCAGCAAGCGAGAGAAGGAGAAUGGUGGUGAGAAAGACAGCACAGCUGGAGACUGUAUGAUCCGAAACCCAAGUUGCCUCUUGAGGACAGGAUUGAGUCAAAUACUUGGAGUUCCUCCAAACCGCAAGCCUUCCCGAUACACCAUAGAAAGUACUAAGUAUCAGGAGGAUGAGUGCAUGAAGGACUCAUUUCCUGGAGGUCCAAGAUGGUUCCCUCGAAGACCAGAUCAUGAAGAUUCACCUGUGAAGCCUAGUAAACUCUUCAUGGUCAAGAGGAUUGUCACCAAGUUUACAAACCAACCUUAUUGGGAGAAGAAAAUCCUGAAGGACUUUGGCCUCCUCCUCAAGGGCAAUCCAGUUGCAGUAGUGAAAAACACCCCAAAGACCAAUGCACUCCUUUGGAAAGUGAAGCAUUUAGUGGAGAUAACACCAAUUGAAAUUCCUGAAAACUUGCCCAUGCGGGGUGCAAAUGGUGAAGCUCCUUGGGGAACUCAGCUCACUGAUGAUGGCCAAUUCCUUGUUCCAGAAACAGUUCAUCCUAAGGUGGAAGAACUUAGGUUGGGAAAUGAAAGUGUUUUUGAUGUAAACAUCAAGUAUAAGAAGUCAUACAUGACACCCCUUUAUCAAAAAGAAUAUCUGAAACAAAAGUGGCUCAAAAUGUGGGAGGAUCCAUGA